AAGAGCAGAGCCAGAGGUUAAAGUUCGUAGCUGGGCAGCUGUAGUGGAAGUCCCACCUUUCAGAGAGCAACAUGAGUGAAAGUCAGGAGAUGUGUGAAUCUUUUCAAGACAGCAAGGCUGCGUACGUUCUCAGCAAUGUUGCCGAAGUGGUUGAAAGAAUCCUCACCUUCAUUCCGACUAAGUCGCUCCUACGGAUCGCAAGCGUAUGCAGACUGUGGAGAAACUGUGCCCGCAGAGUGCUCAGGACUCCGCAGCAGCUGGGCUGGGUGUCGACAUGUGGACCCUCCGCCACAGAGGUGCAUUCUCUCUGCAGCAUCCUGGUUGAAGAAGUGGAGAAAGUCUUCCUCGUGCCUAAAACAGUUCUAAUGAUGGUAGACAGUGAGACCUUCAAUGGACAAGACUUUUGCUUUGCACAGAACAAAGCUAAAAAGCGCCGUCAGAGUUCACAUUCAGUGCAAGAGUUGAACCAACUUUUCCCCAAAGGCUGCGACCUCAUUGGGAUCACAACCCCAGGCAUCGUCUUGACGCCGACCGGCAGUUGGUCCAACCCACCUCAGGAGCACCAGGAGGGGGAGGCAGGCUUCACACUUAUGUUCCCCAGCAUCGAGGGGGUUAACAUCAAGCCUUUUCACUUCUGUAAGAAAACCAUCUCCUUGACGGAACUGAGAGAGGCAGGCCUUGUUGAGAACCCAGAGCUGCGUGUGGUGCUGCUGUUUGUCUAUGAAGCGUACAGAUCUGGAGGAGCGCGGUUCCUCAAUCAGAUUCUUGAGCCGCUGUCAAAGACUAAGGCUCUGAUUGCAGGAGGGUUGGUGGAAAAUACUUUCUCUCCUCCCAGACACUGCUGUGGCCAGGGAGUAUGUGGUGCCAUGGGCCUGGCUCUGAGUGGCCCUAAAGUGCAGGGAGCCUCCGUGCUCUUGGACCAAGACGUAAGCAACGCGAAGGCGGCCGAAGACACGGUACGACGGCUAAAGGCAGCGAAGAUCCCUGAGAAAAACACGCUGGGCUUCAUGUUUGCCUGCGUGGGCAGAGGGAAGAACUACUACAGCAACCAGACCAACGUCGAGGCGGACGCCUUUCACAAGGUGUUCCCCAACACUCCGCUCUUCGGCCUGUUCGGCAACGGCGAGAUAGGCUGCGACCGCAUCGUUAAAGAUGACUACACACUGUGUGACGAGGACUCGGACAGCCUGCAGCACGAGUACACCACCGUCAUGUCCGUGGUCCAUUUUGGCUGACCGUACCGCAGCGACAGUGAAACAACCUGACGUAUAAUAAUGUUGUCUUCAGUUGCACUUCCAAAGCAGGAAGUGCAGUUCUGCUGGGAGUGGAAUGGAGACUGUGUGAACACAGCUUUAUAUUAAAACUUGUGAGUUUCACACAGUUCGCAUUAAAAAAGCAAAUUCUGUUGUGUAAGUAGUUGUAUUUUACUCUGCAAAUUUCACAGACAUUUAAGGCAGAUCAUUCCCUCUGAUUGCACUUUUUUAUCCAUUCAAUCAGGGUAAAAUAAGGCAGGUUUGGCUCUGUUCUUCAUUUACCUUACCAACAUUCAGCUGCAGUUUAGGUAUUCUGUUACAACAUACAGCUGAGCACAGAAACAUUCAGUCAGAGCUUUACAAUGCUUUUUUUUCUCAGUUUCUGCAGCCUAAUAUAAAACUCUUUAACCUGAAAGAAACAAGACGUAUAGGCUGCUGAUUGACAUAAACAUUUAUUUUUACCUCAAUAAAAUCUUGGCCUACUAAAGUUUCCCCUGUCAGGAUUCAGCCUUUUUGAAUUGUUACAAACCUACAGGAGGGGAUAAUGGUGUUUUUGAGUCAUUACCUGCUAAAUAUGGAGUCUUUUUUGUUUUAUUAUGCUUAUUAAGGCAUGACUGUUUAGUUAUUUUCAAUCAUUAGAUAAAAAUUUUCUGAAAGCUGUGAUUUUUACCCGCUGAUAUUUUAAAAGAAUUCUGGCCUCUGAAAAAAAAGUUAAAUCUUUAUGUGGAGAUUUUUUUUUCCAGACAGUCGUGUCACUUGAUUUCUGCAUUUGUUUUUGUUCUUUUCUUUUUUCUCUUUUCUGACCAAGUCAAAAAUGACACAAUGGUGCAAUUUCCCAUAUAGACUUUGUAAUUUAGGGUCACUGAUGUUUGUUGAACAUUACUGAUAAAUAGUGUUAAAUUGAGCUUUUCUGUAAAUUUACAGCACAUAUUGUUGAAAGAAUGAGUAAAUAAAGUUCAAUAAUUUACUUUU